UGCUGUAAUAAUUCUGCGACUUGGUUCACGUGUUUUGCUGUGCUGGUAGCCAGUCACUCAUAUCCACACGUCAGUGUGAUGAAGCUGGAAUUGUCUAAAGUGGUGCGAGGAUGCCGGCUGGGCGUUUUGACUGGGAUAGGGCAAAAGGGGCAACACUCAUUAGACGUGCCAGGCUGUCUCCUCUACACCCGCUGUGCCACGGUGCCUCAUCUGACUCAGGAUACACUGCACACACUGAGCAGCCUGCCUACAGUCACGCAGGUCACACUGGACAGCCUCGCAGAGCACUAUGAAGUUCUGGAGGAGUUUAAAGAAGGUGUACGGAAGUUUUCAGGUCUACAUGACACAGCGCUGUACUGCUCCCUCCAAGACCCUGCCACGACCUGCCCCACGGGCCACAUCACUAACAAGACUGUAUCAGUGUGGGGCAGUGGAGGAAGGAUAGAGCUAACCGUGGCCAAGUUCAUGGCCAUGCAGGCAGUCAUCCUGCCAGACUUCUAUCAGAGCAUGGCAGAUGGAGAAACGUGGCAGGCCAACACCUCACGGAAAAGGGUCCGCAAGGCUGUGGACCGCACUCUAGCCCACCUAGAUGAAUGUCUGAUACUGCAUCACAAAAAGCAGGAGCUGAAGCAGGCGGAGAUAUUCGGGGUGGUGGAGGGAGGCGAUAUUCGGGAGGAAAGGGUCAGGUCAGCGCGGGAGACGGCCAAGCGGCCCGUGGCAGGAUUCGUCCUGGAUGGCUUCCAGUCUGCCGCCAUGGAGCAGGAGCUGAGGAGUCAGCUGAUUACGGCAGUGACCGCGGAGCUGCCUCAGGAAAAACCGAGGUUGCUGCAGGGCGUUGGCCGUCCGGAUGAAGUGAUAGAAUGCGUGGAAGCCGGAGUGGAUCUGUUCGAAGGUUUCUUUCCUUUCCAGGUGACGGAGAGAGGCUGCGCUCUCUGUUUCAACUACACCAUCAUGCCUGACCCAGAGACUGCAGGUACAUCGCCCCCUACAGUGUUGGAGUCAAAUGGAGAGAGGCGUGCUGUAGAGAAGCUUAAAGAGAACGGAGACAGCAGUCCUGAAAAUAUGACGCAGUUUGAGAUGAAUCUGAAGGACACAAGGUACCGGGAAGAUUUCCGCCCACUUGUGGAGGGGUGUGGCUGUUACUGCUGUAAGAACCAUAAGAGGGCGUACAUCCAUCAUUUGCUGGUGACCAAUGAACUGCUGGCAGGGGUGUUACUGAUGCUUCACAACACAGCUCACUACCUCGGAUUCUUUAGAGCACUGAGAGAAGCCGUGGCCGUUGACCGGCUACAAGACUUCAAAAGCAGGGUUCUACAGUGACAUAGUGACCAGUAUGGAAGAGUAACAAUGACCACAAGUUUGGCUGAACAAGAAGUAUACUGUUAAGAGGAGUUCUCAGUUUGUACUUGCCUGUCGUGAGGGUUUGCUGCCUCACAGAACAUGAACAAUCGGACAGAAAUCAGAGUGGACAAUUCUGACAAGCGCCAUCUGUUUACACAUUAGUCACAGUGAAUUCCUAUAGGUGACAAGACAAAUAUCAUAAGCAUCCUUUGAGUGGUCUCAUGGGUAUUCACUUGAAUUUUACUUCAUUCCUGCUAAUGCUGUGCUUUUAUUUUUACUGGUGCUGAAUAAUAACUUAGCACGGCUGAACACCAGCGUCUUUAGCUUCGGUCGUUCCAGAGUGGCAGCACAAUUAAAAAAUGUUUUAUAGAUUUGUUUGCAUAAAUAUAGUUUGCAAGAUUUAUGCUUAUCUUUAAUAUUUCAAAUAUGGAAAUUUUUCUGUGAAACUGUGCACAUCCCAGGGGCAUUAUCUUCACAUUGCCUUUGAAUUUCUGUUGGCCAUCUAUUGCUGAGACUCAACUCUUUGCAGUCAUGCUUUUUGCCCUGUCUCUCUUUUUAAUGUUUGUGUAACUAUUGAAUAAACAGUGGCUCAGGGGAGAUUUAGCCCUA